AUGGGACGGAAACCGAACCCCAUUAUCCUACAGUUUUUCGAGCGCGGACCGCGUCUCGCGGACAACAGCAACCGCUAUCCACACCGAUGCAAAGCAUGCGGCGAGUCGUUUCCCAAGGGCCGGGCGGAGUCGCUGAUGACGCACAUUUCGAAGAAAUGCCCGGCCAUCAGCGAGGCAGACCGAAUCAACGCGUGUCUGUCGCUCAACGGGCUCAGCCACCACAUUGCAGCAGCGGCAGCAGCGUCAGCCGGCGGAGGAACAGGGGUCCGCGGGGCUGGACGGAUGGCCCACCAGGCCCACCGGCUUGUGGGUGACGGCAGCCAUCACGGGCGCGGCAACGGACAGGCGAUGAACCACGGCCACGGCCACGGCCACGGGCAGCACAUGUUGCCGACGCUAGGGAUGUCUGCAGCAGCAGCGGCUUCGUCGCCCUCUUCGACGGUGGAUGCAGCUGCGAUUCAACGCGACUGGACGGCACUCGAGACGCUGGCGGAGGUGUCACGCCAGAUCGACCUAAGCGAGAAGCAUGACGACCGCACGCCGGGGUCGUCUGGCAGCUCAGGCGGGCCGGGCGGCGGCGAGGGAGCAGCGAAGAACGAAGGCGGCAACGGCGGCGGCAGCAAUAUGAACGCGUCGGGGACGACGACAUCAGGCGGGCUGAUCGCAGUGGCGCCGUCGGCGUUUGAGACGCUCGAGCACCUCGGCCAGGACGUGUCAUCGUUGUUUAAGACGGAGCAGAACGGUACGGCAGGCGAGAGAGAGGCGAAGAGACGGAAAUACGCAGUCUCAGAGGCAGAGAGUCAUGCUGACGCACGCUUUGGGCUGUACGCAGACGACCCGGACGCGAUCACGAUUGAGCAGCUGAAGCGGCUCGAGGCGGCGAACUUGUCGAUGGCAGCGGCAGCUGCGGCGCAGCUGAACCCUUCGCUGCUGGACCCACAACUACGAUCGGAAGAGGCGAUGGGGCCCAACGCGACACGACUGCAGCAGCAGACGACGACGCCCGAAGCGAGGCCAUGGGGCGAGAUCACGUACCUGGCAGAAAACAUCUUGCCCGUGUUCCCGUCGUCGGAGAUGUCGGCGAGUCCGGGCGACCCGAGCCGGAUCAGCUUCCACCUGAACAACCCGAACGAGGCGCGGCCACGACAGGCACGGGCACGGUUCAACACGACGCGGCGGAAGGAGGUGCAGGAGGUGCGACGGAUCGGGGCGUGCAUCCGGUGCCGGAUCCUGCGCAAGACGUGUUCCAAGGGCAGCCCAUGCGAUCAGUGCCGCAAAGUGCUGUCGCCACGGGUGUGGCGGUCGGGCUGCGUGCGGACCAAGUUCACGGAGCAGCUGGAUAUCUUCUGCGCGGGCGUGCAGGUGGUGCUGGCACAACACCGGGCCAACCAGCUGCGCGACACAGUCAGCGUGGUCAGCCGCGGACUGCUGAUCGAGGCCACGCACUUUCCCGAGAACCCGGCGGUGGCGGUGACGCUGGAGGUGCUGCAGAGCAGCGGGCGGGACGACGUGCCGCUCAAGAUGGAGUACUACAUGCGCAACGUGCUGCCGGAGUUUAUCCGGCGGGAACCGUCGCUGUUUGUGCGGACGCUGCUGGAGACGUCGAUGGCGCUGGCGCAGGAGACGAACAGCGUGCUGCUGCGCAAGGCGAUUGAGCUGUGGGGAUUGGUGGAGAUUCUAGACCGUGAACGGCAGUGGCAGAUUCGGGUGAAGCCGGCAGCUGAAGGUGGUGUUGGUGUUGGUGUUGAGGCGCCGCGGCAGAUCAAGGCGGAGACGGACCAGGAGACGUACACGACGCUCUGUCUGCAGCUGACGGCCGGGGCCGAGCGCAAGGCGGCAGCGAUCAGCCACAGCCUGCUGACGACGAUGCAGCGGCUGCUGCAGGACAGCAAGACCAAGAUCGACUACAGCAUGUACUUUACCACGCUGAUCCUGCUCAGCUGCGUCGAAAAGUCCACCUGGGGCUUCAAGGCCUGGGACCAGGAGAGCCUGCGGGCCACCUGGCCGCUCGAGCGCACGCCCCAGGACUUUGCCCAGCAGGGCUACGUCAUCGCCGACCUGCUGCGCAUGCUGCUGGGCAUCCGGCGUGCCCUGCCGCGGACGUCGUGUCGGGCCGAGGAUGGCAUGCUCGUCACGGACGACGAGGAUCCGCUGAUGCGCAACUUUUUCGACACGAUCAAGCUGAACUACAACGACGUGGCCACAAAACAAGAUCAUCCCAUCUUCUCGCCCACAGACUCGCGCUCCUUCGAGCUACUGUUCUGCUCGGCUCUGCUCCUGCCGGUGCGGGAGUGA